AUGCAGCAUGUCAUUCUCAUUGAUCUGGUGUCUGCAAAAUAGCGUGCUUGUUUCAAAUGGCUCAUACGUGUUGUUGUAGGUAAAAGCGGAUGCGUUUCUUCUGUCCCGUUGGUGCGUUCAAGCCAUCCUCGUCGACUGUGGAUGGAAAGCGGUUGAAGGCGUGCGUUGUUAUCCGCUAGCGGGCGAAAGGGUGAAAUAUCUUCGGCUGACGGCUUCCACGAACGAAGCUUUGAAGUUUUCAGCGAAGGUCGUUGUCUCCAUGAGGGUGGUCGCGUUCUUUCGUGCUCACGGUAUGGUCGGUUUUGCAGCUUGCGUUUUACCGGGCCCAUUUCUACUAUGUGGGUGUGAGCGUUUUAUCCAGGCAGUUUGUGACUUCAUUUUACUGGCAAAAUUCUUCCUUUCCGGUAUCGUUCGUUGGUUCUUUCGUCCGUUCGCAAUGCCAGACGACAUCCAAAACGGUGCUAUUUCAGCGUUGCCUCAGGCGGCGAAAACCGAGUCGCUGGUCAAGGAGGAACUAGCGCCAUGUUCAAGUUUCAAACUGCUGAGCGGGACGGGUCAGCUGGAGUUGACAGCGAACGAAUCGCGGCUAGCUGAAGUCGGUGUCGCAGAAAAUUAUUCAUGCCUACUAGUCGCUUGUGAAACUUGCUACGAUUACCGUGCACUCAUGGUUGUUUGUUUUCAGACGGUUCCCGAGAAACUGGAAGAAAUGAAGCUGCGUGCAAAAUAUCCUUCCGCCGUCAAGGGUAAACCAUCACAAUUUUUGCAAAAACGCCUGUACCAGCGAAAGUUUUUCGACUCGGGCGACUAUAACAUGGCGAAGGCGAAAGGACUGCCGACAUCUGUUCAACCGGAAAUUCCGAAAAACUUUCCACCUGGCUUUUCCAAGUUAUCCGUAUUAAUAGAUGAAUCGGACGGCUCCACCAGUCCCACCGGGAUGAAGAUCCCGACACCAGAUACUAUUCCUCACCGGAAAUCAUCUAUCGUGCCCGACUCUGUAAACAAACUGUCACCGCAGCCACUCUUUCACCACUCCCCGACCAGCUUCUCUACCGGUGAAUAA